AGAGAUUUAUUUCUAAUUUCAAUCUCUUGUAGGGUUCGUCACGAGGUCACACACUCACACCCCAUCAAAAAUCCAUAAUUGGAUGACUCUAUUGACCUGCCCUAUUUAUUAAUAAGACGGAUCUAACCCAUUUAUAACUAGGGCGGGUCGGGGCUUGUAAUGGGGCUCCAAGGCUUCCAAGUCUCCAACCCAUUGAAUUGCUGUAUCCCCCAUUAAAAAAAAAAAAAAAAAAAAAAAACACUCCUAUCUCUCUGUUCGUUCUCCAUUGAAGCGCACUUGACGUUCUCCAUUGAAAUAGCUGUAUCCCUCCAUUGAAGCAGCUUCUGAGGUGAUCGAGUUUGAAGUGAUAAAAGGAGAUGGUUAGGGCUCACUAUCAUUACAAGAAUUUGUCUUCAGUCUGGAGUGUUGUUACUAGAAUGUACACAUCUGAUGCAGCCGUCAAAGAUUUAUCUGAUGCCCCAUUUAAAAAAAUAUGUAGAAUCAUGAUGUCAUCUCCUAAAGUAGGACUGGAUGUCAGGCUUGAUCAUAGCGGAGUUGAGGCUUCACCAGAGAUGGUUGAGGAUGUUCUGAAGAGAUUUGGAAAUGCAGGUAUGAUAUCAUAUUGUUUUUUUGAAUGGGCAGGAAAGCAACAUUAUUACACACAUACUGUUGAAGCUUAUCACAUUAUGAUUGGGUCUUUGGCUAAAAUAAGGCAGUUUGAGAUUAUGUGGGAUCUUGUGAACACUAUGAGGAAAAAGGGGAUGCUAAGUGUUGAGACGUUUUGCAUUAUCAUGAGAAAGUAUGCUAGGAUGCAGAAGGUGGAUGAGGCACUCUAUACAUUCAAUGUUAUGGAAAAAUAUGGUAUUACUCCAAACUUAGCUGCAUUUAAUGGGCUUCUAAGUGCUUUAUGCAAGUCUAAGAAUGUAAGGAAGGCCCAAGAGAUCUUUGAUAAAAUGCAUGAACAAUUUGUUCCUGACUCGAAAACUUAUAGCAUACUGCUUUCUGGUUGGGGAAGAGAACCAAAUCUCCCCAAGGCAAGGGAGACUUUCAGACAAAUGAUUAAUGUAGGUUGCGAUCCUGAUAUUGUGACAUAUGGUAUAAUGGUUGACGUCCUUUGUAAAUCAGGGAGAACUGAUGAAGCUGUAGAAACUCUUAGGAGCAUGGAUGCUAAUGGUUGUAAGCCAACAUCUUUUCUUUAUAGUAUUUUAAUUCAUACUUAUGGUAUAGAGAAUCGAAUUGAAGACGCCAUAGAUACAUUUAUGGAUAUGGCCGAAAAUGGUGUGGAGGCUGAUGUGGGAGUGUACAAUGCCCUAAUUAGUGCAUUUUGUAAAGUAAAUAAAUUGAAAAAUGUAUUUCGGGUCUUAAUAGAGAUGAAUGGUAAAGGGGUUGUACCUAAUGCUAGGACUUGCAAUAUAAUAUUAAACAGUUUGAUUGGUCAGGGGAAGACUAAUGAGGCUUUCAAGGUGUUUAGAAAGAUGAUUAAGAUGUGUGAGCCUGACACAGACACAUAUACAAUGAUGAUAAAGAUGUUUUUUGAGAGAGAUCAGUUGGAGCAGGCUCUGAAGGUAUGGAAGUACAUGAUGUCAAAAAGGUUUGUUCCAAGCAUGCAUACCUAUUCAGUUCUUAUUAAUGGGUUGUGUGAAAAGGGCCAGGUCAGUGAUGCAUGUGUAUAUAUGGAAGAGAUGAUUGAAAAGGGGAUUCAACCUCCAGUUUUGACCUUUCGCAAGCUGAGGCUGUUGCUUAUAAAAGAAAGGAGGCAAGAUGUCCUGAAGUUUCUUCAGGAGAAGAUGAAUCUUUUGAUCAAGGAACCUUUGUGUGAUUGAAAGGCUAUGAAGACCAUGUUCAUAAAGUAAUAUAUAGACUGAUUCAGAAGCAAUGAAUCACCCUUACUCUAUUGCCCUUUGGAAUUUCAGAGAUGAGCUGGGUUGUUUUGUUGCUGAUAGACGGUGUCUUACUAGUCUUAAGAUGGAAGGAUGCUCUAAUCUAGGAUCGGUCAUUAUUUCUUCAAGUUGUCUUUCUGCACUCUGGCUUUCUGAUCUUCAUUCUCUAUCUUAGACGAAUAUCAACUGCCCUAAAUUGAGGAGAUUUCUUUGAAUUUUUCUCAUCAAGAUAAUGAUAGUUUUGAUGUCACUACCCUGAUGGACAACUUGGGAAAAUUCUGCCCAAGGUUGCAGAACUUUCAUGUUACAUCGCCUAGAUUAUCUCAUGCUACUGUUCUUGCUCUCUCAGCAGCUAGUUUGAGGGGACUGAGGAUGCUCUCAUUAGUGUCGGGCUAUUGCUUACAGCUUUUCAAAGCUAGAGCUGCUUGACUUGAGUGGGUCUAGCAUCACUGAUCGUGGCAUUGGAAUGAUAUGUGACGUGUUCUCCCGAACUUUAUCAAGAUUAUUGCUAGUGCUUUGCCCUGAUAUCACUUCAAAAUUGCCGCAGAACAAUUCCCGGCGGUUUCUGGCAGCAGACUGGCGGCCGACGCCGGUGAACAACCCAGGUGUCAUAGUGACCCCCUUCCGAUCGCUACAACUUGGUAUUUUGUUUGGGUUGCUCAUCCCAAGUCCCACAGAAAGAAAGAAGGAAUGACUUCCUUAUAAGUGGAAGCACACUCCAUUAGUAUGAGGGCCUUUUGGGAAGGUGCCUAAAAACAAAUCCGUGCGGAUUAGGCCUAAAGCGGACAAUAUCAUACUAAUGUGGAGUGGAGUGUGCGUGCGGCCCAACAAUGUGGGUGACCCUGGGCCGAACAACCAGGUGGUAUUCUAUUUGCCACAGCUCAAUUACCUUUUCUGGAGCUAAUGGACUGUGGUAUGUCAAUCUGUGAUCCUGACUUGGAUGAUACGUUGAUGAAAGCAAUGAUAAUUAACCACAGAAAAGUAGCAAGUUGCAUCAUAUAUACCAGAAGCUUAUCAUCAAGCAUAGUCGGAUGAAGUUCCUGAUUCAUCUUUUUAAUGCAAGGUCCUUCUCUAAUGUCGAUUGUUGCUGGCUAAAGUCGAUGCUUCUAAUGUCAUUAGGCUUCGAAGUGCUGUUAAUUUCAUUCACGUAAAAAAAGGUGACGAUUUAUGUGGCUGCAUUGUUGGUGACCAAGAUGACAAAAAUAGAUAAAGAUGGUGGUCGACUUCUCUUAGGCAUCUCUUUGCUGGUAAGCGUGAAGGUGAUGAAGUGGUGAAAGGGAAUUACCAUAGCGGUACAGCUGAUCGGCACUCUUACUUUAAGGAAGGACCCUGGCAUGUAAGUCAAUUGAUAUUUGUAUUUCAUUUAAUCUAAGUUAUAAUUUUAAUAGUUCUCUGACUAUA